AGGCGGAUAAAGGGAGUUCCAACAGACAGAUAAGAUACGACUCAGGACUCGACUUUGAACUCGUUAUUUUGGAUGGGAUGUCGGCACCACAUCAACCUGAGCCCGGCAUCUCCGGUGACAAUGUAACAACCCUUCCUUACCUGCGUUCGACACUAUAAAGUACCUCCAAAGCGGCGUCUAAUUAUCUUACACUUCGCUGAGGUCCUUUUAAGGCGGCUCUGUUCCCGUUCGCUCACCAUCUCCUGUAUUACACGUACCGCUUCCCCCUGCCUCCUUGUCGUCACUAUAAAUGCCCGCUUCGCUCCCCGCCACUGCGCGCGUCGCGCCUCCGUUACCGACUCCAUCUCGCCGGGAUUUUGAAACCCUAAACCUGAUGGAGAAGUCGGCGGCGACCGGGGAAGAGCUACAAUUAGUCGAUCCGCGGGUGUGGAAGGCCAGCGCCGGCAUCUCCGCUCGCAUCGCCGCCGUCGGAUCCUCCGUGUACUAUUUCGCCCAGGGGCACGCGGACCAGGCUUCCUCGCUGCCUGAUUUCUCCGCCGUCCCGUGCCCCCGUGCUUACGUCCGCUGUCGGAUCUCCUCAGUCCGCCUCCACGCUAACCGCAACACCGACGAGGUCUUCGCCCGCAUCAGCCUCGACCCUCGCGCGCCGCCUGCUGCGGUGCCGGUUCAGCCGCAGACGGAGUUUCCCUUCUCGUCCUCCUCAUUAUGGCUGCCGGGGGCCCAAGAUUACGGGGACGGCAACUUCAUAUCCUUCGCUAAGGUACUCACACGCAGCGAUGCCAACGUUGGGGGCGGGUUUUCCGUGCCGCGGUUCUGCGCCGAGUCGAUCUUUCCUCCUCUCGAUUUGGGGGACCCGACCCCGGCGCAAACUGUCAUUAUCCACGACGUACACGGGAAGUCCUGGACAUUCCGGCACGUCUACCGCGGGACCCCGCGGCGCCACCUCCUGACCUCCGGAUGGAGCAAUUUCGUCAACUCAAAGAGACUAAUCUCGGGCGACUCGUUGGUCUUCAUGAAUUCGUCAGGAAAGGUCUUCGUCGGUAUCCGCCGCACCAGCCGGUCCUGCGGCCCAGCAACACUAAAUGUGGAAAUGGAGGAAAAACACGGACGAUUCUCGAGAAGUGUUAGAGGAAGAGUUCCGCCGGCGUCUGUGGUGGAAGCUGUUAGAUUGGCUGGGUUGAAUCUUCCUUUCGAGGUAAUGUACUAUCCGAGUGCCAGAUCUCCGGUGUUUGUAGUGCCGCAGGAAGCAGUGGAUGCUGCAACGAGAGUGUCGUGGACCGUUGGGAUGCGAGUUAGGAUGUCCGUGGAGACGGGGGACUCUGCAAGAAUGAAUUGGUUUAAUGGCUCGGUGACCAAAGUGACGAUCAAUGAUGCGGGGCUGUGGCGGCGCUCGCCUUGGGGCAUGCUUCAGAUUACCUGGGAUGAUCCAGAGGUUUUGCAGAAGGUCAGAGAUGUUAGUCCCUGGCAAGUGGAGUGCUUUGUUGCUGGUCCUCAAGGAGAGAUUCCACGUUCUAUUAGAAACAUACUCGACGAGCAAGAAAGUUCUUUAUUACCUGAUGAUAAGGAGGAUAGCGUACUGACAGGAUUCAAGAGUAGAAUCAUUGGUAGUCUAUCCCCCUCAGUGUCCAAUAGCAGUUUAUUUCCUGUUGGGAUGCAGGGAGCCAGGCAUGAUUUUUUCCACAAAGCCGGUUUAUUUGACUCAAAAAGCAAUGGUAAUCAAACUUUUCUCAAUAGUGUACAUGGUGUUAAUGCACCAGAGAAGAGUGAUGUGCCUGUGGAACCAAGUAUUCGGAUACCUUCACAAUCACGAUGUUCAUCUCCACCUAGACAGGGUAGCAUCCAGGCUUUAGACAGAGAGACUCUUGAACCAGCAAGUAAUCAAGUCACAAAAGCCUCUAUCCAACUGUUUGGUCAAGUGAUACAUGUAGGGAAUCACAUUGAUAAAGAUGCGGACAAUUGAGUAUGAAGAUGCAAAAGGUGAAGAUGAGAGUAAUGAUUCUUUUUCUCCAAGCCAGCAGUGCGUUUCAGCAUAAGAGCCUAUCAGGUGCGCUUACAUGAGGAUAGCAAGAAGGUUACAUUUUGUCAUCUGGAAGUACUGCCUUGUACUAACUGCUUCUUCAACUUCUUUAGGAUGCUGCUGAAUUUCCUUAUCUUCUUUAUGCCUUGACAGUCCAACCAUUUUCUUUUCAAGUAAAAGCUGUUUGAGACUUAUUAGCAUCAGGUAUUUUUUUUAUUUAAUAUUUUGGGAUGGUUUACAUGUUUGAAUUUUAUAGUUAGCAUAGGAAGCUUUAGUUGUUAGAGACCUUUUAA